CUUUGGCCUGUUUGAAUGUGUCAUCAUUUAGUUUGGCUGAUUGGUCACCAGAAGAGGCACGCGAAAGAAUGUGUGAGAAUGGAGUUGGAUUGUACAGACUAUCAACAGGAGCGGGUGGCUAGAGUGAGGCCCAAAAGCAUGAGCCCAGUCAUGGACGGUGCCAUGAAUACAGCCUUCGCGUCAGCGCUCAGCGUUCCCGAGCAGCCAUGUGACUAUGCCAGCAAGCUGGAUUCAAUGAUGUCAACUGAAAUUUCUACGAGGGUCAACCGCACAUUGGCGUUUGCCUCUGACACUGAACCUGACACCGAGCCAGUGGCCAUCUACGUCCCGGGGACAUUUAGCAAACUGGAGGUUCUAUACAAGAUGGUUAAGCUCUGCUGUGGGGCUCUGUGGUCUUACCUGGCCCGCGUUAAAUCCACUACAAGAUGUUUAGGGGCAUGCUGGCGUCCAAAAACCAGUCAAUCUGUGGAAUCAGACGAUGAGGAACCUCGGAGUGUAAAGAUGUCUAACACUCCAAAAUCAGCCAUUAGCGUCAAAGAAACGACAGAGGCAGUGAGUGAAAUCCUCCGUAAAUGGACAGACCCUGAAGAGUCCGAUCCUGAGUGUUCCCAACCAAAAACCUCCGCAGAUCUUCACGGUACAGCAUCCAACAUUGUCACGACAAUUAGGAGUGACCUUCACUAUUCUACCAACAAGAAAAAAAGCAAUGCAUCACUCUGUCCUCACUUUGACCUGAGGCUGAUCCAGAACACCUUGACCAACUUUUUUUCUUCUCGAGAGCCAACACCUCGCCAGGAGGUCAUCCGUAAAAGCAGCUUUGUAGAGUUUUCGAAAAAUCAGUUUACAAAACUGGUGACAGAUUGUACCGCUACGGAUCUUCAAAAGGAGUCUGAUUUCCUUGUGGGGGCUCAGCCCUCUACUGUCUCAGGGAGCACAUUGCAUCAGCAGGCCUCUAACCUCGAGACGCCCGGCAGUCCUCCACCUCUAAACUUUGAGGGAAUAGUUGAUAAAGUAGAGGACCUGUACACAAAGUUUCCUAUGGAAAGACCAAAAGUCAGCCAGAACAUGGAGAGCCUAAGAGAUGACAUCACAAUAUUCUCCAGACAGUUGAGUGAUAAAAUUUAUGAUUUCAUCAGGGCCAGCAUCGCAACUGGGACUUCGGACAGGCGAUCACCACACAGACGCAAGAAGAGAAGAGCCCAGGAACCAGAGGUCAUGAAGAAAAUUGUCGAGGAUUGCGUAGGGAAGUUUUUGCAGCAGGUGCUCCUUUGGAUGGAGAUGGAACCAAGCAAGCGUAAGGCCAGCGCCGAUGAGGUGUGUGGCGCAUUAAGAGACAUCGACACUCUCAUUGCCAACAUCAUGAGCACAGAAACCGAAUCAGAUGAGUCAGACGUUUCUCCAUCCAGAUGUGACCAACAGGACUACCCAGAUGCUUUGCUACGAGAGAUGUCCAGGAACUUUGUCAGCAUGUUGAUUAUGACUUUGGUUAAAUACUUCCCAAAGAAGACACGCAAAAGUCUACAGCUGGAUGACGUGUUUGUUGUCAUACGACGUCUCUCUCAAAAAGUGCUAAAUGUCAACUUGUCAUUUUUGGCGGGGGAGAACAUGGUCAGCUGCAGCAGAUUCGUCCAGGUAGUCCUAAAAUAUCUUUUCAAACAGUUUGGCUCUCAGGAGAAGCUGCUCGAAGCAUUGUUGUCAGAUGAUAUGUCCUUUGAUGAAGCUGUGUUGACACAAUUGACCAACACGCUCAACAGCUGGCACGAUGGAGCAGAUGAGCAGAGCAAAAUCAAGAGGGUCUUCUCCACUGUGGGCAACACACUCAAGAGACCCUUCACAUGUUUUAGUCCAGACUACUUAUAACACUUUCCUGCUGAGCUCGUAUUGGCGUCGUAUUUUGUGUUAAUUGAAGCCUGGUUGUCAUUUUUAGGAGAAGCUGGGUAGUCAACUAAGAAAAAGUCAUUCUAAUUUAGAUACCUUUUAAAUCAGAUAACUAGUUAUUUAAGUUACUUUUAGAAUAAGUAACUAGUAAAUUAACACAAGUUAAUUUUUCAAGGUGAGGACAUCAGAGUCAUUUGCAAGGAGGAUGUCAUGAAAAACUCAUAACAAAGCAGACAUCGUGCUGUGACGUAUUGUAAAACAAGACUGGAACAUCUGCAGGACAUGUUUAUCCGGGAAUGCCUGCAACUAAUUGUUCCCAGGGGUUUUGACAUGAAAAGUAACUUGGCUGGGACGCUCCAAUCAAGAAGGUUGUACCACCACAUGUUUAAAACUUUGGGGAAGAACCUCAGUUUAAAGACAAUAGCCCAAAAAAACUGCUCUAAACUGCCCCUUUAAAAAGUGAGGGGGAGUCAUAGAGAGAAACUGGUGGCUUGAUCUGACAGGCCACAUCUUGUAAAAUAUAUCAAGGAGUGAAAUAAAAAACCUCCAAACAAUGAACAGGAUUAAAUUGUGUGAGAUGAAAUGACAGCCCCGAAAAAGUGCAGAAGGUUAUGGCACAUGUCAGGGAAUGAGGAACUCCGUCCAUGGUAUUGAAUGACACUUGUGACUUUGGACAAUUUGACCUAAUAAGGUUCAACCGGUGUUCUUUUUUUGGGCCUCAUUAAGAGCUGACAUACAAUGACACAUUAUUUUAGAAUUUCAA